AUGCGGGGCUCUUCAGGGCUCGCCCUGCUCUAUGGAUUGCCCUGGCUCCUGGCCGCAGUGCCCCAGCUCCCUCCACCAUCUGGGGGGCAGCUAAGGAGCUUUCCCCGGGCUCAGGCGAGGAGUGGCCGCUUCCAAGACACAGCCAGGGGAGCCGAUUUCGAUCGCGUUUACAGCGGGGUGGUGAACCUCAGCACCGAGGAGAUCUACUCUUUCAAUUACACCAGCAAACCGGGGCAGGUGGACGCUGUGCGGGUAUAUGUGAACAGCUCCUCUGAGAACCUAAAGUAUCCCGUCCUCUUUGUGGUCCGCCAGCAGAAAGGAGUGCUGUCCUGGCAGGUGCCUCUGCUCUUCCGGGGAUUGUACCAGAGAACCUAUAACUACCAGGAAGUGAGCCGCACGUUGUGCCCUUCUGAGCCCACCAAUGAAACAAGACCCUCGGAGCAACUCAUAUUUGUCGACGUGGCUUCGAUGGCUCCCCUGGGUGCCCAGUACAACCUGCUGGUUACCAGAGUCAAGAGUUUCCAGCUGCAGACAAAUGUUGCCUUUCACUUCACUGCCAGCCCUUCUCAACCACAGUAUUUUCUUUACAAAUUUCCUGAAGAUGUGGACUCUGUUAUCAUUAAAGUAGUGUCUGAAAUGGUCUACCCAUGUUCAGUUGUAUCAGUUCAGGAUAUUGUGUGCCCAGUGUAUGAUCUUGACCAUAACGUGGAAUUUAAUGGUGUUUAUCAGUCCAUGACCAAGAAAGCAGCUAUUACCAUACAGAAGAAGGAUUUUCCAGGAGAGCAGUUCUUUGUGGUGUUCGUGAUAAAACCUGAAGACUAUGCUUGUGGAGGAUCAUUCUUCAUCCAGGAAAAGGAAAACCACACAUGGAACCUACAGAGAACAAAGAACCUUAAAGUGACCAUUGUUCCCUCCAUUAAAGAAUCUGCUUAUGUGAAGGCCAUAUUACUCAGCUUCCUUAUAUUCUUCUCCUUCUACUUGGGAUCUCUACUUGUUGCUUUUGUGCACUAUGUCAGAUUUCGGAGGAAAUCCAUGGACGGGAGAUAUUGUUCAAAUGACGAAACUUUCUUUGUGAUGACAUGUUCUCUUUCCACCCAGAUGUUCCUUUACCUGUCAGACCUGUCCAGGAAGGAUCGAAGAAUUGUCAGCAAAAAAUAUAAGAUUUAUUUUUGGAACAUCACAACUAUUGCUGUGUUUUAUGCCCUUCCUGUGAUCCAGCUGGUUAUCACCUACCAGACUGUUGUGAAUGUGACUGGCAAUCAGGACAUCUGCUACUACAACUUUCUCUGCGCUCACCCCUUGGGGGUCCUUAGUGCCUUCAACAAUAUCCUCAGUAACCUUGGUCAUGUACUUCUGGGAUUCCUCUUCCUCUUGAUAGUCUUACGCAGGGACAUCCUCCACCGAAGAUCACUGGAAGCUAAAGACAUCUUUGCAAUGGAAUAUGGGAUUCCCAAACACUUCGGUCUUUUCUAUGCCAUGGGCAUUGCUCUGAUGAUGGAAGGGGUACUCAGUGCUUGCUACCAUGUCUGCCCUAAUUACUCCAACUUCCAAUUUGACACCUCCUUCAUGUACAUGAUAGCUGGACUCUGCAUGCUGAAGCUCUAUCAGACCCGCCACCCUGAUAUCAAUGCCAGUGCCUAUUCUGCCUACGCAUCUUUCGCGGUGGUCAUCUGUCUUGCUGUCCUCGGAGUGUUAUUUGGAAAAAAUGAUGUGUGGUUCUGGGUUAUCUUCUCUGCAAUCCACAUUCUGGCAUCCCUUGCUCUCAGCACACAAAUCUACUAUAUGGGUCGUUUCAAAAUAGAUGUGUCUGACACAGGUUAUUUGCCUCACUUUGUCCAACUAUAUAAAACUCCACCAGCACCGGCACCUUCUCAACAGAUGGGGUGCUUUAUCUGCUGGCAACAUGUUUGCCACUUCAAUGUGUGCCACCCAUCACUUAAACAUAUGACUGAAACUCCAGCAGAAUCCCGAGAGAAGAAUCGUGACUGUAUCCUGCUGGAUUUCUUUGAUGACCACGAUGUCUGGCACUUCCUUUCUGCUACUGCCUUGUUUUUCUCAUUCUUGGUAUUAUUAACUCUGGAUGAUGACCUGGAUGUGGUCCGGAGAGACCAGAUCCCUGUCUUCUGA